AUGCCGCCACCCCCACUACCAACCACAACAACACCACCACCACCAUCCCAGCCACGCCUCCGGACUCCAUCACCCCCACCCAGCACAUGGACCGAUGAUGAGGCAGAGGCCAAUUCCAUCCACCACGACUACCACCUCGCGCCUACGUCAUUACACCCAGCGCCACCCUCCCCAGCCUUCACCAGCUCGACCAUCUACCGCACACCGGACGAAGCAUACUCCGAUGCCGAGACAGAUUUGACUGAAGGGAGUGGCAUCGCAACACCUGUCACGCUGUCAUCCGGACGCGACGGCGAGAGAGGAGGGAGCAGCAGGGAUGAUAGGAGUCUACGGUACGAGGACCUGCCGCCGAGCUACGAGGAAGCGCAGCAGCAGCACCACCAGCAACAGCAACAAGGAAACCCGUUAUCCCCGCCGCCGUCGUUCGCUGAGACCGCGGCAGGCGGCCCUUUUUAUACUGUAAACACCAACAUCAGCCCCGCAGCAGCAGGCCCAGGCGGCCUCGAUCCCCUUCUCCCAGCCGUUGAGCGUCUGGUCCUGCGCGAGAAGGAGCGUGCGGCGAGCGAGAACGAGAAUGGAUCGGAGACGCGGAGUGCAUGGAGCGGGUCGGGCAGCGGCGGUGCUGCGAGGGAAGGGAGGCCACAGUACAGCUUCGCGGCCGUCGAGGGGCUAGCGAGCGAACACCACGGCGUGCUCGAGGUCGCGCUGCAGUGGGCGCAUCCGGCGUGGUGCGAUGGCGAUCGAAAGGAGCCAGUGUCGACAGCGCCGUUGGGGCGGCCGGUCGCGCUGCCGCAGAGGAGUGGCGCCAACUCUUCUAGCAACGGUGAGAGAAAGGAUGGAAACGGAGAGGAGACGACAACAGCGGACGUCCCGAGUCCAGACGACGUGCUCGCCUUCGCGCGGGCCUACGCACCCGCCCUGCAGGACCACGGCGUUCCGCCGCCGCUUUUCGUCGCCUUCCUCGACGGCCUCAACGCCGUCUGCCAGGCUGCGCGGGCACCUGCGUCCUUGUCCUCUGAAACCGACGACGAUGACGGCACGGAUCUCGAACUGGUCGAGACGUACCUCGCCCGCGCCAACGCCCUCUUCUUCGCGCACCGUGGCCUGCUCGCACGUGUCGUCGACAUUGAUGGCCUGCUCGACGACGUCCUGCGGCUGUCCAACCGGGCCAACGUGCGCGGCGCGCUGGCGGCAGACGUGACACGCGAGGGGCUGACGGAGCGCGAGCGCGUCGACGCGCUCGAUCCAUGGGUGGAGACGAGGUUGGUUUGGGACGGGCUACCCGAGUCGAUUAUUGGGUUGUGGGAUCUGCGAGGACAGCAGCGGGAGCGAGAAGGGGAGCGUGGGAUCAGCGGGCAGCAGCAGCAGCAGCAGCAGCGACGCAAAGAAAGUUUAGGAGGAUUAACAGCAGAAGCAGAAGCAGUAAUAGCAGAAGCAACAGCAAUGGCAAGAGCAGCAGCAGCAGGAUUGCCACCGUCAACGACAGCAGCACCAAACUUCGCCGCCGUCACGCCACCGCGCCCUACGCUCGCAGCCACCACGACGACGCCCGCCUACGCAUCCGGCGAGUUCUACCAGAGCCCCGAAGGCGGCGCCAGCGGCUUGCUACUCGACGAGAAAGAGGCACAGGCACGACAACAAGCCUGGGCCUACGCAUCAUCCUCGUCGUCACAACAACAACAACAAUAUCCCCAGCCCGGGCCUUCCAAUAACCGCUCUCACAUAUUCCCUCCGCUCCCUCCUAUCACGCCCUUGCCAGCCUUCGGCCCCUUUCCGCCGGCACCUCCACCGCCUUUCGGCGACCACGCUCGCUGGGCCGACUGGGGUCAGGGCUUGGGCAGGAGGUGGGCCGAUUGGGGCCAGCGCUUCGGCGCGAACUGGGCGGCUUGGGGCCAGGAUGUCGGGAACAGGGCGGCUAUGUGGGGGCAGGAGGUCGGUAGGGGCGUUGACGGGAGGGUCGAUGGAAGGGGUUUUGGUGGUGUUGGUGGAGUAGGAGGCGGAUGGGGAGCAGGGGGCGGCUGGGGAGGAGGAGGAAGAGGGCAUUGGGGUGGUGGUGGUGGAUGCGGGCGUAUUGGACGAGGCGCAUGGGGUGGCGGUGCCGCUGGCUUUGCCGGCGCGGGACCGAGUGGCGGGCAGGGCGGCAGUGCUGUGUCCGGCUUUGCUGGCCCGUACGGGCACCUAUUCGGCGGGCCGAGGGGGUUCGGCUUCGCGGGAAGGGGUGGCGGACGCUGGGCUGGCAGAGGGCGCGGCGGCGCCGCCGGGCACGAGCUUCGCCGUGGUUGGGGCAGCAGUGGAGCUGGGCCGUUCGGUCAGUACGGUACGUUUGGCGUCCCAGCGCACCAUGGCGUCGGCGACGAUGUGCCCAAUCAGAGCACUACGACGCUCAAUACGCGGAUCAGCCUCGAAGAUAAUGACGACGACUCUUCGUCAUCCUCGUCUUCUUCCGACAGCGACUCUGAAGUCGACGAGAUCGAAUUCUCGUAUCUCAAGCGCAUGCGGUCCAUUGAGGAGUCCGCCUCCGAUGCUCUGGCUAAGGGAAAACGCUCUCAAACCGAAGUCGAACGGGACCGCAGCAAGGCGAUUGAGAAGGCGAGGGCGGAUCGUGACAAAGCCGAGAGGAAGCUUGAGGCUAGGCGGAAGAAGGAAGAGGGUAGACGUGAGAUGAAGGCAAAGAGGAAGGAGUGGAGAGAACACAGGUCGGCGGCCCGGGAGAGUGGGCGGGAAGGGAAAAAGGAGAGGAAAGCGGAGAAGAAACGAUUGAAGAAAGAGUACAAGGAUGCAAGGAACAAGUGGAAGGAGGGCAGGAGAGAGGAGAGACGUGAGCGGAAGAAUGAGAAGCGUGAGAGGAGGGACAGGCGGCGUGGUGAUGGUGGAGGUCGCUGCGGCGUGAGAGUGGAGGGAGACCUAAACGCCCAAGGUGGUCGGAGCUUGGAGGUCGGCGUCGUGCCGUCGCAAGAUGAGGAUGCUCGUGCCGUGCCUGGCGCUGCAAUUGGCGCGUCGUCCGCGCCCACGCCGUCGUCGUCGCCGCCUCAGCUUCUGUGGGUCGUCGUGGAAAAUCUUGGAAACUGA